CUUACUAAUUUUUUCUGUGCGAACAGCUUGUGCUGAUGGAGUUGUGAGGGUAUUUAAGUUGGAUGAUGCGGCAAGUAAAAGUUUCAAGUUUAUGAGAAUUAAUUUGCCUGCAGGAGGUCAUCCAACUGCAAUUGCAUUUUCUGAUGAUGCAUCCUCAAUUUUUGUAGCAACUCAUAAUCUCUCUGGUAGUUCAUUAUACAUGUAUGAAGAAGAGAAACCUAAAACUACGGAAAAUAAGCCACAAGCUAAGCUUCCUCUCCCAGAAAUUAAGUGGGAGCAUCACAAAGUUCAUGAUCAAAAGGCAAUAUUGACUCUGUUUGGUACCACUGCAAGUUAUGGCAGUGCAGAUGGGAGUGCACUUGUUGUUUCUUGCUCAGAAGGGACUGACAUCAUUCUUUGGCAUGGGAAAUCUGGGAAGAAUUUAGGGCAUUUGGAUACAAAUCAAUUGAAAAACACCAUGGCAGCUAUAUCAUCUAAUGGGCGUUUCAUUGCAGCAGCAGCAUUUACUGCAGAUGUGAAAGUGUGGGAGAUUGUGUAUGCGAAAGAUGGAUCUGUCAAAGAAGUUUCGAAAGCUAUGCAGCUUAAGGGGCAUAAGAGUGCAGUAACUUGGUUGUGCUUUGCCCCAAAUUCAGAGCAAAUAAUCACAGCGUCCAAGGAUGGGACAAUAAGAAUAUGGAAUAUCAAUGUGCGCUAUCAUCUUGAUGAGGAUCCAAAGACUUUGAAGGUGUUCCCAAUUCCUCUUCAUGAUUCAACUGGUGCGGUUUUGCCCUACGAUCACCUUAGUAUUUCCCCUGACGGGGGGAUUUUGGCUGCUACCCAUGGCACGACAUUGCAAUGGUUAUCUGUUGAGACUGGAGUGGUUUUGGAUACAGCUGAAAAAGCCCAUGAUAGUGGCAUAACGUGCAUUUCAUGGGCGCCUAAAACAAUUCCCAUGGGAAAUGAACAGGUCUUGGUUUUAGCCACAUCCAGUUCUGACAAGAAAGUUAAGUUAUGGGCAUCUCCAUCGCUCCAUUCUUCCUGAACUAUCAUUUCAGCACACAGACAAAUCUCUAGCUGGAGCUUGUGUGAGUACCACCUCACUAUUAAUUUGCAAGAAGGAUCUUUUGAGAAGUUCUCAGUUUGUGAUUACUAUCAUUUUACAACUACAUGAAGCCUGCAUACUUAUCCCUUAAAGUAGAAUGAGAAAAAAGAAAAAAGGAGUUAAAUUGAUAUGGAUGUAUUUUUGCUCAGAAUCAAUCGAUUCUCGGUGAGUGAGAAUCUGUUUAGCACGUCAAUGAUGCUGGUUUUGGCUGCUAAUGUGAAUAACUUAAUGAUGUGGGAAUGGUAACUGUGAAAGGAGACGAGACAGGUUGGUUGCUAGAAUAGGUGCUUACCAAAUUUUGUGUCUGCCGAGUUAAUAUCUAUCCUUAUUAAGGUUUGAAGCAUCAUGGGUUAUAUUUGUCUGGGGGCGGGAAGACGAAGAAAGAAACAUCAUGCGUUAUAAUACUGUUUAAUCGUUAGAUACAUUAUGUUUGUUGUUUAAUCUUACAAAUAAUCAAAGGUUUGAGGCAUUAUGGAUUAUGAUACUGAUUAAUCUUUUGAAAUAAUUGUAUACUUCUA